CGUGUCACCAGCUCGGCUCCCGGAGCUCCGCUGCCGCCGCGUCUGUGGACUCGCGCCGGGGAGGACUUGAGUCUGGACGGGACCCCGCGGAGGGCAGAGCCCGGAGAGGAGGGAGAGAAGGGAGCUGGGCAGAGCGGGGCGGCGAGAGCCAUCCGGGUCGCUCGUUGCUCUCGGGUGUUGGCUAACACUGUGGUUUUGAGACAGCCUGAGGGCCAGAAGGCAGCCCUGGGAGAAGCCCUUUGGGUGGGCAGUCGGAACCUUCAGGUCCAGAGCAGACGCCCUCCCCUCACCUGGACUUAUGACCCGCGGCUUCGCCCCCAGCCUGCCCGACGAGUUCCCCAAGAUGGGCUCCUUCCGCAGGCCCAGACCACGCUUCAUGAGCUCCCCGGCGCUCAGCGACCUGCCCCGCUUCCAGGCAGCCCGCCAGGCUCUGCAGCUGAGCUCCAACUCGGCCUGGAACAGUGUCCAGACUGCCGUGAUCAACGUCUUUAAAGGGGGCGGCUUGCAAAGCAAUGAGCUCUACGCACUGAACGAAAACAUCAGGCGGCUGCUGAAGAGUGAACUUGGAUCGUUCAUUACAGACUAUUUCCAGAACCAGCUUCUAGCAAAAGGACUGCUGUUUGUGGAGGAGAAGAUUAAGCUGUGCGAAGGUGAAAAUCGCAUUGAGGUUCUGGCUGAAGUCUGGGACCACUUCUUCACUGAGACUCUCCCCACCCUGCAGGCAAUAUUCUAUCCAGUUCAGGGCCAGGAGCUGACCAUCCGCCAGAUCUCCCUGCUGGGCUUCCGCGACCUGGUCCUGCUGAAGGUGAAUCUGGAUGACUUGCUGCUGCCGACCCAGCCCCAGCCACCCUCGUCCAUCAUCCAGAUGUUGCUCAUCCUGCAGAGUGUCCAUGAGCCCACAGGCCCGAGUGAGGGUUAUUUGCAGCUGGAGGAGCUGGUGAAGCAGGUGGUUUCUCCUUUCCUCGGCAUCAGCGAGGACCGAGGCGUCUCAGGCCCCAUGUACACAUUGGCCAGGCGCCACUCCAGGGUCCGACCCAAGGUCACGCUCCUGAACUAUGCCUCCCCGAUGACCACCGCCAGCCGGCCCCUGAACGAGAUGGCCCUGACCCCUCUGACGGAGCAAGAGGGAGAAGCCUACCUAGAGAGGUGUGGCAGCAUCCGGCGACACACGGUGGCCAAUGCCCACUCGGACAUCCAGCUGCUGGCCAUGGCCACCAUGAUGCACUCGGGCUUAGGGGAGGAGCCUGGCGGCGAGGACAAGUGCCUGCUCCUGCCACCCAGCUUCUCGCCGCCCCACCGGCAGUGCUCCAGUGAGCCCAACAUCACUGACGGCCCCGAUGAGCCGGGGCAAGGGGCAGCGGGCAGCCAGGAGGACUCAGAGCUGAACUGUGCAUCCCUCAGCUGAAAGCCCGCCUCUGGGACCUCCCAGCUCUUGCCUGGCAACCAGGAUGAGGGCGGCCCCAUCCCCAAGGACCGCGGAGGGGAGCUCUGCCUUUGGGCAAUGCCGCCUGAUGCCUUUUCGGGUGCAGGCUAGUCUGAAUGCCCGAGGGGAAAUCCCGUUGUAAGCCUCUCCAUUUUCGUGACCGUGACCAUCUACCUUUUGGCGGCCACACAGAUCCAACUGUCUAAUCUUCCCCUUCUGACUUUCAGCCUUGCCUGCCUGACUGGACUCAAAUCCUCCUCUCUGAGCUUUUCCCCUCAGAUAUUGGACUAUCGGAUCCUCCCAAUCGUAUAUCGCAGUCCCCCUGGCUUUCCCGUAGCAGACGGUCAUCCGACCCACACACAGAGCCAGCAAGGAUGUGUUGGCGUGUGGAGUUCCCCUUGAGGUCCUUGUGAUACAGAGGCUGAUGUGUGAAAAGAGGCGAUAGAGAGGUACCUCUUCCCUCCAUCUUGCGUGGAGUAAAAGUAGACUACAGCCCCUCCCAAGCCUGACUCUGAGAAUGCAGCUUUCAUUUCAGUGUCAGAAUUCCUGGGAAAGAGUGGCCCCACUGGUGAGCGAGGGUCCACCCACCCUCACCUAUAUCCAGACCCUAUGUGCUGCCUUUGGCUUUUGGCCCAGGAAGGCUGGAGGAACCCCAUCUUCGAUUAAACCUCAGCAUUCCCCUCUCAGGCUUCCUCCCUGACUCAAAGAACUAACCUUGGUGGAGUAGCUGGUGCCUUCCUCCCUCUCUCAUUUCAGAAACUGACUCUCUUCCUAUUGUGCAGGAGGGGCCAGCUGAUAUCAACCAACUAGUGUGUUCCUGGAUUUGACUUGAAUUUUUUAAAUGUGCAUUGUUUCAAAAAUAAAUUGCUUGCAAGUA